AUGGGUGCAACACUUACACGCGAGCACUCGCAAAGCGUCCGGGCACCGGUGUCCACGUGCCCCGCUCACACUGAAAAUCCCGGGCGGCAGGCAGCCCAAGCAGCUGGCGUCGGGCUGCGCAGCGCGCACGGCCCUGGGCAGCUCUACCCGCAUCGACUGCGCGCCUCGCGCCCAGCGCCCUGCACCAUGCCUCGCGCCCCGCGAUCUGGCCGGGGCUGGCGGCGGAGGACGCGCCUGCUUCCCGGUCCCCAGAGCCUCAACCCCCAGGGGGACGCUCGCUCUCGCGGAGUCCCCAGUGACCCGCGCCGGGCUCGCGCAGCAAGCGCAGCUUCCCUUGCUGCGGGCGCGGGGCCCGGGUUCACGCCGGGCGCAGGGGCGCUCAGCCAGAGGCGCAGACCGUGCUCGGGAUCCCGCACCGCAAUAGCUGGCCGGACAGUACCAGGCAGCCGGCCGCCGGCCGCGCCCCGCGCCCCUGCGCCCCUGCGCGGUCUCGUCCACAGGGCACCGAGGGGUGAGUGCGGACCCCACUGUCCGCGGCCCGACGGAGCGGAGCGAGGCGAGUACGACCUGGUGUCUGCUUACGAGGUUGACCACAGGGGAGAGUUUGUGUCCCACGAAAUCACACACCACCAGCGGCGCCGACGUGCAGCAGACCGGCCCGGAGGGGACACUCUGCACCUCCGGCUGAAGGGCACCAGGCACGACUUCCACCUGGACCUGAAGGCUGCCAGCAGCCUGGUGGCUCCUGGAUUUCUGGUGCAGACGCUGGGCAGGCAGGGCACCACGUCCGUGCACGCGUUCCGGGCCGAGGACCUCUGCUUCUACCAAGGCUCCUUGCGCCACCAGAGGAAUUCCUCGGUGGCUCUUUCCACCUGCCAAGGUUUGUCAGGCAUGAUAAGGACAGAUGAAGCCGACUAUCUCCUGAAGCCACUUCCUGCGAGUCUUGCAGGGACACACAGUGGUUGUCCUCCGGCCGGCCCCUGCUCUCCCUCCCACGUGCUGUACAAGAGAUCCACAGAGCCCCGGGCUCCCCGGGCUCCCCAGGCCAACGAGAUCCUGAUGGUCGCCAGGAAGAGAGAGGUGGCAAGCCAAAGCCUCCGUGACGACAGGCCCCCACAAAAGCAGCACUUCUGCGGAAGACGCAAGAAAUACAUGCCCCAGCCUCCCUCAGAAGACCUGUUCAUCUUACCUGACGAGUACCAGCCGGGCCUGAGGCACAAGCGCUCUCCCCUCAAGUCCCCUCAAAAGGACGAGCUGAAUGUGGAGACGCUGGUGGUGGUGGACAACAGGAUGAUGCGGAACCACGGCCAUGGGAACAUCACCACCUACGUCCUCACCGUGCUCAACAUGGUGUCCGCCUUGUUCAAGGAUGGGACCAUAGGAGGAAACAUCAACAUAGCCAUUGUAGGGCUCAUUCUUCUAGAAGACGAACAGCCAGGACUGGUGAUAAGUCACCAUGCAGACCGCACUUUAAGUAGUUUCUGCCAGUGGCAAUCUGGACUCAUGGGAAAAGAUGGAACUCGCCACGAUCACGCCAUCUUACUGACCGGUUUGGAUAUAUGUUCAUGGAAGAAUGAGCCCUGUGACACGUUGGGAUUUGCACCUAUCAGUGGGAUGUGUAGUAAAUACCGCAGCUGUACCAUUAACGAAGACACGGGGCUGGGACUGGCCUUCACCAUCGCCCACGAAUCUGGCCAUAACACUGCCCAAGCCGUGUGUCUUGCUGACCAGCCAAAACCCGUGAAAGAAUACAAGUACCCUGAGAAGCUACCGGGAGAGUUGUACGACGCAAACACACAGUGCAAGUGGCAGUUUGGAGAGAAAGCCAAGCUCUGUCUUCUAGACUUCAGAAAGGACAUCUGUAAAGCCCUGUGGUGCCACCGCAUCGGAAGGAAAUGUGAGACCAAAUCCAUGCCAGCGGCGGAGGGCACAGCAUGCGGGCAGGACACGUGGUGCCGUGGAGGACAGUGUGUGAAAUACGGCGACGAGGGCCCUAGGCCCACUCACGGCCAUUGGUCAGACUGGUCUCCGUGGUCGCCUUGCUCUAGAACCUGUGGAGGAGGGGUAUCCCACAGGGACCGACUCUGCACCAACCCCAGACCAUCGCAUGGGGGGAAGUUUUGUGAGGGCGCCGCACGCACCCUGAAGCUUUGCAGCAGACAGCAGUGUCCCCAGGACAGUGUGGACUUCCGCGCGGCCCAGUGUGCCGAGUAUAACAGCAAGCGCUUCCGAGGCUGGCUCUACAAAUGGAAGCCUUACACUCAAGUGGAAGAUCAGGACUUAUGCAAACUCUACUGUAUCGCAGAAGGAUUUGAUUUCUUCUUUUCUUUGUCAAAUAAAGUGAAAGAUGGGACUCCAUGCUCGGAGGAUAGCCGUAAUGUUUGUGUAGAUGGGAUGUGUGAGAGAGUUGGCUGUGACAAUGUCCUGGGCUCUGAUGCUACGGAGGACUCGUGUGGAGUGUGCAAAGGGAAUAACUCAGACUGCACCAUGCACCGCGGGCUCUACUCCAGGCACCACCACGCCAACCACUAUUAUCACGUGGUCACCAUUCCUCCUGGCGCCCGGAGUAUCCGUAUCUAUGAGACCAACGUAUCUACCUCCUACAUUGCUGUGCGCAAUGCUUUCAACGCCUAUUACCUGAAUGGACACUGGACGGUGGACUGGCCUGGACGGUACAGGUUUUCCGGCACCGCCUUUGACUACAGGCGGUCCUUUAAGGAGCCUGAGACCUUAACCUCUGCUGGACCAACGAACGAAACACUGGUCAUAGAGCUUCUGUUCCAGGGCAGGAACCCAGGAGUGGCCUGGGAAUACGCGCUGCCUCGAGCGGGCAUGGAGAAGCCGCCCCCAGCCAAGCCCAGCUUCUCGUGGGCCAUCCUGCGCUCGGAGUGCUCCGUCUCCUGCGGAGGAGGGCAGAUGACCACGAAGGAAGGCUGCUUCCGAGACCUGAGGGUGCCGGUGAACACGUCCUUCUGCAACCCCGAGACGCGUCCUGUCACAGGGCUGGUGUCCUGCAAGGUGUCGGCUUGUCCUCCCAGCUGGUCUGUGGGGAACUGGAGCGCCUGCAGCCGGACGUGCGGCGGGGGCACACAGAGCCGACCCGUGCGGUGCACACAGCGAGCGCGCUACCACGCAGAGCCCGUCCCCGCCAGCCGGUGUCCCCAGCCUGCGCCCUCCAGCCACCAGGCCUGCAACUCUCAGAGCUGCCCACCCGCGUGGAGCACGGGGCCCUGGGCGGAGUGCUCUCGGACCUGCGGGAAGGGGUGGAGGAAGAGGACUGUGGUGUGCAAGAGCACCAACCCUGCUGCCAGAGCACAGCUGCUGCCCAGCACUGCCUGUGACCCAGAGCUCAAGCCCAAGACGCAGGAGGCCUGUCUGCCCAGGCGCUGCCACAAGCCCCGAAAGCUGCAGUGGCUCGUGUCCGCCUGGUCCCAGUGCUCUGUGACGUGUGAAAGAGGAACCCAGAAAAGAUUCCUGAAGUGUGCCGAAAAGUACAUUUCCGGCAAGUACCGGGAGCUGCCCUGGAAGAAGUGCGCCCUUCUGCCGCAGCCCAGCCUGGAGCUGGAGCGCACCUGCGCCCUGCGGCCCUGCACCCAGCCCCACCCCCACGCGGCGCGAGGCAGCUGGUUUGCCUCGCCCUGGUCUCAGUGCACAGCCAGCUGUGGAGGUGGUGUGAAGAGAAGGACCGUGCACUGUCUGUCAGGGGGCCGGCCAGCCUCCAGCUGCUCCCAGGAACACAGGCCUGAGGCCUCGCUGGCCUGUAACACCCACUUCUGCCCCGUGGUGGAGCAGCAAGACACGUUCUGCAGAGACUACUUCCACUGGUGCUCCCUGGCGCCCCAGCACGGGGUGUGCAGCCAUGGGUUCUACAGCAAGCAGUGCUGCAAGACCUGCGCAGAGUCCAACCUGUGAGAGCAGCGCAGGCCCCACGGCAGCCAGGACGCCACGGUGCCGCCCAGCGGGCCGCAGAGCCCGUCAGCAUGCGUGUGGGAAGGGCCCAGAGCAGCCGCAGGAGCGAGGACCGUGUGGGGCUCUUUGACAUGCGUGUGUUGGGUGUCUAAGCAAGUAUAUGCUCUCCUGGGUGGCAACGUGGGGUGAUGGGGGCUGACCAUCAACAGUCAGACGGAGGGGGGGACUGGUGCUAAAGAGCUGGAGAAACGGAGCUCACCAUUGUGAUUUCAGCUAAGUCAGAUCCAAAAGGCAGAAAGGCAGAGCAGAACGUUCCCGAUGUGUUGGGGGAAAACAAUAAAAAGGCCAUGAAAUACAGGAACUAUCUCUCUCAACCAUCCAAAAGACCCUGCAACCACAGGGAAGACCCCGCGGUCUGGGUGCAGGGCAGGUGCUGGAAGCCCCCAGACCCUGCCCGGCUCCCCUUCAGUAGCCACAGGAGCCCAGGUCUUGCCUGGGGAGAGCCUGCUGGGGCUCAGCCAUCUGAUUUGGACUAUGCAUAGGGUAACAAUGAAAAGCAAACCCCUGCCAAGGUGCUCUGUACUUUACCUCUCAUCUUGCUCAGUUAUUUCCAGUGAGUGCUCCUACUUAAACCACACCUCAACGCUUUCCCGUGUUCACGUGGAUCAGAAGUACCAGUCACACCCGAACCUAGCCAUCCUCAGAAGAGCAGGGUCCAACCAGAACAGACGUCCGCUGUGAGCCCGGAGGGGCAAGGGCCUUAAGCCCAGGCUUUGUUUUUGUACAUUGUGGGGUUUAAAACCUAUUAGAUAAGCCGCACGCCUGUGACUCAUGCCUGUAGUCCUAGCU